AUGACGUCAUUUAGUAGCGUCACUCAACCCGCGGACGAAGAUCUUGCAAGCCAGGAGCAGUCAAGUACAGCAUACUCCCUCGAAACGGAGUCACAUCGUCAACAGGUAGGCGGCUGGUUUCUGUCUUCCACUUGUAAUUAUGAUGGAUCCCCAAAUAACUGCAUAAACAAAAAUACAUAAGCACUUGUUGGGAGAGGCCGAUUAUGAUAUGAAUAAUUAUGCAGGGAGAUAGAGGAGGGACUUAUCUGCCAAAACGAAUUACACCAUCCUAGUUCUGCAUAAUUCUUCGUAACAUACGAAAGCCUAAUCUAAUCAUUGUUUUAAUAUUUAUUCAAAAUAUUUCCAACUUUAACCUCCAUCAGUGUAAAGUUCCCUUCUUCAUAACCUGCCUAAUCGUCGAGUGUUCCUCGGCAGUUUCAUGUUAUGAACUCGAGAUAUUUAUUCUAGCAAACAGUCUUCAAGUAGCACUUGCCAUCUAUUGCGUGGUAUUUUCGCUAUUCUUGCUAUGUGUUCAGGCAGUAGUUCGGUUAUUUCUUCUUUGUAUAUUGUGUGAAUUCUUCCGCCAUUUUCUCCAGCUCUGCCAAAACAGCCGUGCCUUUUGCAGUUCUUUUUUCUGACUAUACAUCAGUACAAUUGACGUCAGCAUACAUACACUGUUUACAGGAAACCAUUACGACACCUGAAGGAGGACAAUGAGGUUAUCCCUAUAUUAAGAUUUCUCCUUACAUAUAACCCACCCACCCCAGGAAAGGUUAGCCACACCACUGGUCUACGUCCCCUGCUCUUUUCCAACAGUGGUGUGGGUUCUGGCGUUCUCAUGUCACACAAGAACCAGCUAAGCCAAUAGAGCCCUUCAUAGAUAGGACCAUCCAGGGGAAAAAUCUAGGGUACAUAAGAGCCAUUUUCAAGUAAUAUAUCAAGCAUGAGACGUAGUGUUUCAUCACCAGAUGAAACACUGAGAAGAGAGUUGAAAAUAUGACGCGCAGCGGGGUAUUUUUGACGAACUUUGAGGUGUUUCAUCUGGUGAUGAAACAACGUGUUGAAUGCUUGAUAUUACUUGAUAUUACUCAAACAAUUGAUUUUAGAAGGAGAAAUUAUGGCUGCAAAAAUGAGCAGUUUUUCAUCUGAUUUCCAAACACUCAUUAAACAUUCAUUUCUUCUGUAUUUUCUUCAUGAAUUAUUAAUGAGUUUGAAAAAGUUCAUUCCUAUUACAGUCGACCAGCAAAACAUAUCGAGUCAAUCCUUAGAAAACUGCUUUUACCUUUAGCGUUGCUUGACAAAUCCCUAGUAGUUCUUUUUUCCUUCAAUUUCGACCCAGAUUACUGCCUAGAAACAUCAUUCAACACUCCUUUCUUUUCUCAAACAUAUUGCAACUUAUGUCACACACAGGUAGAUUUUUCUCCUGUAUAUAUAGGACAAAGACGAUGAGGGAAGCCAAGCAGUGACUGAAGCCGAAGGCGAACAGACUUCGGACCAUGAACUUGAUCGACGCACUUGGUAAGAAGAGUAAAAACCGUGACUAAAAUAUAAACGACUGUAAAACAAACUAUAGUUGGUCUCUGCUGGUUCCCCAGCGUGUUUUAAAGGCGGACUCGAAUGUUAGACGUUCCCCAAGCAUGAGCAAAAUAGAACAAUAAUAUAUUUGGGGCUAAUUUCGCGCGAACAACUUAAGUGUUCUAAAUCGUCUAAAGAAAUAACGUACGGUUUUACACAGGAAAGAGUAAUUGCUUCUUUGUACGAUAUUUCACCUGUCCUCACUAAUUUUUUUUUAUAUUACUCUUAGUUUCGUACCGAAUUUAGAGGUGUAUUCGGAAAGAGCCCGUGGCUGCCAGCCACAGGUAAGUACUUUACUGCCCAGGUUCUUGUGCUACCCUUGGGGUUUCAUUUACGCUAGCUUUAUAUUGUAAAAUGUAGGCACUGUGCAGGAUCAUGCGAUCUCCAGGUCACAACUAAGAAAAUUAACUCAACUUCGUAGAAGUUUUCUACUGAUAACAGUAUUGGAUGUACCUGUCAAAUUAUAAAUCGCUCAAUCAUACAUGCUUUGGCAUGAAACAUGCACCCCAAAAACCCUUUCUUACCCGCCUUAAUAUGCUCAAAGCUAAAACAAAAUAUCAAUGUAAUUUUUUUACAGACACAUACUCAUUAACGCAGACACAUUUCCACCAAUAAUUUAGGAGGGUAAAAACUACGCUAAACUUACCAUGCUCUAAUCGAUAAAUAAACUAAAUUUUUCAAAAGCCAUAUAAUGUAUGACACAUCCUGAGUACGUUUUCCCCGAUUCUUGCUAACUUAGCAGUCCCUUUUUUCACCUUAAACAUGCGACGCCAAAUACACUGGACACUUUAAAAGACAGGCCCUAGUAGUUCAAAAGAUGGAUAACGCCGAGCGACUGGAUUUGUGUUUCUCCAGUGGAUAACGCAAUCAUAUCAGAUCCAACAAGCGCAAGUGGAAUAAUUGUUUUAUGAAAAACACCCACAAAAUAUCGAGAAUUCUUUCCGAAUUUAUUUGUAAACACAACCGAUUUUCAGGUUGUUUUAAAUUUUGAGCAGAAGCGUACAGUUACCAUAUUUGGAGAGCAUGGUAUAAUGGCUCAUAUACCAUGAUGGCUAAGCCAAUCCUAGCUCUAGAAUUGCAUUAUCCAAUGAUUCAGUUUUUAAUAAUAACAAUUAUCCGCUGCAUGGCGAUUUAUCCGGGUUGAUAGCGCUAUCCAAUGUUUGAAUAACCGGGUCAAAUAUUAUUGUUUAGACACAACGCAAAUAUGAUCUUUGCUUUUGCAUCAUUCCCUAAUAACGUACGUCUUUAAGGACGAGGGUUAGCUUUGUGCAACCUACAAAACCCUGAUGUUUAAGACUGCCCCGGUAGCUAAGGAGUGGGAGAAGUAUACAUGCAGAGAGGUACCAAAGCGUUAUCAAACAAACACUAAUUUACUGAAACAUGGGUGUUUAGUAGCCUGCGCAACAAACGAAACUAACUCUCUGGCUACUAGUAGCCGGGGCUAGAUUACGUCUGCAAGGCAGGCUGGUGUUUGACUGUAUUAAUACUGUAUUUUAGAAAAAAGUUCAAGAGACGGCUUUAGGUUUUAACUUAAUUGUUAUCAUAUCUUCUACAGGAAAACGAGGAACCGCCUAACCCUGUGGCUGUGUUUAUUUUUGCACUGUUUCUACUUUUAUUAAAUACUCUAUUGUGA